GACCGUUACUCAAAACCUUCUUCUCCCAAUAUUUCUAUUCACGAUAAAAAUUGGUAGUAAAAGAAAAGACAACCAUUUUUAAAACGGUCAUUUCGUCACCUGUAUUAGACUUAAAUUUCCUCCGAUCUUUCGAUUUCUCCACAAAGAUUUAUGGGAAAUGUCUCUCUUUUUCAAAGUAGGCAAUUUUUACACUUUAUCAUGACUGACUUUCAGGGUUCCUCUUCCUCUGAAAUCGACUCCACCACUCAACAGGAUGGUGUAAGAAGAAUUAAUAAUGUUAGUCAAUCAACUUCACCUGGGCUGGAUACUGAACCUUCAAGAGGUUGGAGAGAUGUUUUCUGGUCAGGAAUUUUUACCAUACAUUUGAUAGGAUUAGGGUUUGUACUGGCAGUACUUGGAAUUAAUAGGUUUCAAAGGGCAGAUAGACUUAAGAUUGAUCAAUAUACUUACGGAUUUAUUGAGAAUCAAUCACAUUUAACUGAAACUUAUUGGCCAUUUUACGCUGUUGCUGGUGCUGUUGGGACUGUUCUUGGAUGGAUUUGGCUGCUAUUACUUGGUUCUAAAGCACAGCAAAUGAUGAAAGUUUCUGUACAUAUUUUGACUACUUAUCUUGCUGUCAUAAGCGUAUUCUGUUUUUGGGGAGGACAGAUAUUUUGGGGUAUUGCAUUCGCAAUUGCUGCUUCUCUCCAAUUUCUAUAUGUAAUUUCAGUUAUCGACAGACUUCCUUUUACUAUGUUGGUGCUGCGGAAGGCUGUGAAAAUGGUUUGGAGCCUUCCCGAAGUUUUGACAUUAACUGGUGUAUUUAUGAUGGUUAUGCUUUUAUGGAUGGUAAUAUGGUCAUUUGGUGCUGCUGGUGUUGUUGCUACAAGUAUCGGUGACGGUGGACGCUGGUGGCUACUUCUGGUGCUUUCGGUGAGUUUAUUCUGGACUGGUGCUGUCCUAUGUAAUACGGUACAUGUAAUAGUAUCUGGAAUGGUGUUUCUUGUUCUAAUACAUGGUGGCCGAGAAUCAGCAACAAUGCCUCCCAAACCAUUGGUGAAAUCUCUAAGGUAUGCUGUGACAACAUCAUUUGGAAGUAUCUGCUAUGGAUCGCUCUUUACGGCUGCUAUCAGGACAUUGCGAUGGGAGAUCAGGGGAAUUCGAUCCAAGAUUGGUAACAACGAGUGUUUGCUUUGCUGUGUUGAUUUUCUGUUUCAUAUUGUAGAGACACUUGUUCGGUUUUUCAACAAGUAUGCAUACGUCCAGAUAGCAGUUCACGGUAAAAACUUCAAUUCUUCAGCAAGGGAUGCGUGGGAGCUUUUUCAAUCAACUGGUGUUGAAGCGCUUAUUGCAUACGACUGCUCAGGUGCAGUUCUAUUUAUGGGAACCAUAUUGGGUGGGCUAAUUACUGGAACCUGUGCAGGAAUUUGGACAUGGCAUAAAACUAGUGAUAGAGUGUUUAUGGUAGGGUGUACUGCUAUGUUAAUGGGUUUCAUCUUGGUUGGACUGGCAAUGGCAGUUGUAGAGAGUGCUGUUACAUCUAUAUACAUCUGCUAUGCUGAAGAUCCCUCUCUGAUCCAUAGAUGGGAUCCAGAAUUCUUCGACCAGCUGUCAGAAGCAUUACAACAACGCUUACAACACAGGAGCGCGCGAAAUAGAGAAGUAGUAUUAGAUAACCGCUUCGACAUUCAUGUACAACAAACAGUGGUCCCUGUUUAGAUUGCCUUAGAAAGCAAUGUAAUUAAUACAUCUUUUAUUUUAACAAGGCAAAUAUUUUCUACUUCUCCAUUACUGUUUUAAAAGUUGUUUUUAGUUGUAGUUAAUAAGUU